AUGAAGUUCUCUACUCUUGCUUCCAUCGGCCUCACUGGCAUCUCCACCGUCCUCGCUGCUCCAAGCAACGUCGACACUCGAACCACCAACGGCGCAGUCUUCGCCCUGACCAACGCCGUCAACAACGCAGUCAUUGCUUUCAACCGCAACGCCGAUGGCACAUUAACCAAGACUGGCGAAUACCCAACCGGCGGCCAUGGCCAGGGCGUCGACUUUGACUCCCAGGGCGGCCUUCAGCUCAGUGCUGAUCACAAGUUCCUCUAUGCCGUGAACCCGGCCAGUGAUGAGGUUACCGUGUAUGCAGUCAACGGCUCCAGCCUGAAGAAGAUCCAGAGCAUCUAUGCUGGUGACCAGCCCCUGUCCAUUACUCUGAGCAACAACGGGUUCGCCUAUGCCAUGGACGGCUCUGUUGCCUCAACAGGCAUCUUUGGCUUCAAGGUCAACCAGAAAACUGGCAUCCUUUCACCCAUUACCAACUCCACCAUUGCUACCAGCACUCCCAUUGGCGUUCCAGGCACCGUCACCUUUUCCCCCGACGGCCGCACCCUCAUCGUCACAAACAAGGUCGGCAGUACUAUCGACCAGUACGCAGUGGCAGCCAACGGUGAUGCUGUCCUGGAAACAACUUAUGCAUCCACCGGUCUUCGUCCCUUCGGAGCCAUCUUUGGCAAGUCAAACACACUCUAUGUUGUAGAGUCUGGUCUGCCUGCCUUCGGCAACGCUGGUCUAUCAACAUACCACCUGAACAAGGCCGAUACGAACCCGCUCUUGAAGCCCGUCACCAAGUCUGAGAAGAACCAGCAAACUGACGGGUGCUGGGUCAUUGUGACUCCCGAUGAGAAGUUUGCCUUCACGGCCAGCUUCAUCACCAAUGCCAUCUCCAGCUACAAGGUUGCCGCCAACGGUACUGCCACUCUCAUCAAGGAGGUUGCUGCCAGCCCCGGAGAGGGCACCGAGCCCGUCGAUCUUGCUCUCAGCGCCGAUGGCCAGUACCUGUACAACCUCCAGCGUGGCGGCGGUGCUAUCUCCGGCUGGAAGAUCCAGGCCGAUGGUUCUCUCAAGACUCUGAGCAACUCUUUCGGCGCGGGACAGGGCAUCCCUGUUGGUGAUGGUGCUUCUGGUCUAGCUGCAUACUAA